AUGAAAAGAAAACAUGAACAAGAUAGUAUCAGUUCGAAUGUUGAAGAUAAUGAUGACCUCCUCCAACUUUCAAUGACAUUUGAUCAUUAUAAUUCUAAUGAUCAACAAACAAUAGUUCUCCCAACAGGUGAACCCGUAACGAAAGAACAACUUUUAUUGAAAGUCAUCGAUCUUCAUCCAAACAAAGCAAAUGCUUAUUUCAAGUUGGCAGCAAUUCUUAAAACUGAAAAUCGAUCAUCUAUCAUUCUUUCAUCAGGCCGAUCAAUGACACAACAACAACUAUACUUAUUAGCCAUCGAGUGUGAUCCAACCAAUUCACGUUCAUAUCAUAACCUUGCAAAGACACUUUCAAGUGGCGAAUCAAUCAAACUUAAUGAUGGACAAUCAAUGACAGAGCAACAACUAUACUUGAAAUCAAUAGAAUAUGAUCCAACGAAUUCUGAUUCAUAUUAUAACCUUGCAAUGACACUUUCAAGUGGUGAAUCAAUCACAGUUAAUAAUGGAAAAUCAAUGACAGAACAACAACUAUACUUGAAAUCAAUAGAAUGUGAUCCAACAGAUUCUGAUUCAUAUAAUAACCUUGCAACUACACUUUCAAUUGGUGAAUCAAUCACACUUAAUGAUGGACAAUCAAUGACUGUACAACAACUAUACUUGAAAUCAAUAGAAUGUGAUCCAAAAGAUUCUGAUUCAUAUUUUAACCUUGCAAUGACACUUUCAAGUGGUGAAUCAAUCACACCUAAUGAUGGACAAUCAAUGACUGUACAACAACUAUACUUGAAAUCAAUAGAAUGUGAUCCAACCAAUUCAAAUUCAUAUAAUAACCUUGCAAAUAUACUUUCAAAUGGUGAAUCAAUCACACUUAAUAAUGGACAAUCAAUGACAAGACAACAACUAUACUUGAAAUCAAUCGAGUGUGAUCCAACCAAUUACCGUUCAUAUUAUAACCUUGCAACUACACUUUCAAUUGGUGAAUCAAUCACAUUAAAUAAUUCACAAUCAAUGACUAAAAAACAACUAUACUUAAAAGCAAUAGAGUGUAAUCCAACCGAUUCCGGUUCAUUUUUUCAUCUUGGUGUUACACUAUCCCAAUAUGAAACAAUCAAACUCCAGAAUGAUGUUCGAAUGACAAAACAACAAAUAUUAAUGGAAUCACUAAGAUUAGGUCAACAACUAAGAUCGGUUUACAGAUUCAUUGGAUUAACACUUUUAAACAACAAAAAAAAAAUUACACUUCCAAAUGGUGGACAAAUGACAAGAAGACAACUACUUCAAAAAGCAAGAGAAUAA